UCAAACACGCCACAUGGUUGAGGAUUGAUGAGGGCCAGCCUUUGGGGAAUUCUCGGAAGCUGGCCGCAUCCUUUAGUAGUAAUUCUUGUGGCCCUUGCUACCAUACAACAUUCUCUCACAUUCCUCUCUCUUCCUCUCUCAUCUCCCACCACCACCACCACCACUGCCACCGCCACCCCCUUCCCUCCCUCUCUCCCUCUGCCCCUGGCUCUGGCUCUCUCUGCCUCUCUCCAAAGCUGUUGUUACUGUGCGGCUCCCGCACAUCAUUCCACCGCGAUGGAAAUUAAAUGAAGGUGGCUUAACGCAGCUAACAGAGGCAUGCUUUGAAGGAUGUAACCGGGGGAAGCUGCUCUGCCAGAUCCUUUUCCAUGGGCUGUGGAUUUGCGCUGCUGAGGCGAGGACACAGCAAUCACUCAGCCAUGCAGAAGCCCAGACAACAGGACUAAUCUCUCCACCUGACUUGUGGAAGCUCCACUUUUUUUUCUAAAUUAUUUAUUCCUCGCUGCCAAAGACAGUGUGGGACAAUGGAGCCGGAGUGAAGUAGAUGAUAAAUUUGUAGCCUUGACUGCAGUCUGCAGCACACAUGGAUGUGUUCAGCUUUGUGAAGAUGCCAAAGCUGUCAGGCCCCAGGACCAAAUCCUCAGGCUGGCCGCCCCCGUCAGGGACCUGGAGUUCUUCGCAGGGACCCCCCAAUGGAUGGGACAUGGGCAGCAAUAGAGAGGGGCGUGACUGCUACAUCAACCACGUCUCCCAGAGCAGCUCCCUGGAGGAGGUUCGUCUGGACGGAGACAAGUUUGUGCCACCAGCUCCCCGGAAGGUGGAGAUGAGACGAGACCCAGUGCUUGGCUUUGGAUUUGUGGCAGGCAGUGAGAAACCCGUGGUGGUCCGCUCAGUUACACCAGGGGGUCCAUCAGAAGGCAAGCUGAUCCCAGGGGACGAGAUCAUCAUGAUUAAUGAUGAGCCAGUCAGUUCAGCACCCAGAGAGAGGGUUAUUGACCUUGUCAGGUAUGACCACACACUAAGGAGCUGCAAGGAGUCUAUAUUGUUGACCGUCGUUCAGCCGUAUCCAUCGCCCAAAUCGGCAUUCAUCAGCGCAGCCAAAAAGGCCAAGUUAAAGACUAAUCCUGUUAAAGUCCGCUUCGCUGAAGAGGUCAUCAUCAAUGGCCAGGUCCCCGAAACGGUGAAGGACAACUCCCUUCUUUUUAUGCCAAAUGUUCUGAAGGUGUACCUGGAGAACGGGCAGACUAAAUCAUUUAAAUUUGACAGCAACACAUCCAUUAAGGAUGUGAUCUUGACCCUGCAAGAAAAGCUAUCCAUUAAGAGCAUUGAGCACUUCUCUCUGAUGCUGGAGCAAAGAGCUGAGGGAUCUGCCAGCAAACUCAUGCUCCUGCAUGAGCAGGAGAUGCUAACUCAGGUGACACAGAGGCCAGGGUCACACAAGAUGAAGUGCUUUUUUCGCAUCACUUUUGUCCCAAAGGAUCCCGUGGACCUGCUUAGGAGAGACGCAGUAGCAUUUGAGUACCUCUAUGUUCAGAGCUGUAAUGAUGUGGUAUUGGAGAGAUUUGGGUCAGAGCUGAAAUACGACACGGCCCUCCAUCUGGCUGCCCUGCAAAUGUAUAUUCUAACCAUCAAUACCAAACAGUCCCAGAAAGUUUCCCUCAAGUAUAUUGAGAAGGAGUGGGGUCUGGCACUGUUCCUGCCUCCUGCUGUGCUGUCUAGCAUGAAAGAGAAGAACAUCAAAAAAGCCCUUACUCACAUUCUCAAAACCAACCAGAACCUGGUGCCGCCUGGUAAAAAGCUGACCGCCUUGCAGGCAAAGGUCCAUUAUCUUAAGUAUCUCAGUGACUUGAGGCUGUACGGAGGACGGGUGUUUAAAUCCACACUAAUUCAAGGCGAGAAGCACACAGAGGUGACGUUGCUGGUGGGGCCGAAAUAUGGCAUCAGUCAUGUGAUUAACACCAAAACCAACCUGGUGGCACUUCUGGCAGACUUCAGUCAUGUCAACCGCAUUGAGAUGUAUACAGAAGAUGAGAACAGAGUUAGAGUUGAACUACAUGUCAUGGACGUCAAGCCCAUCACUCUCUUAAUGGAGUCUGUUGAUGCCAUGAAUCUGGCCUGUCUGACUGCUGGCUACUACAGAUUACUGGUGGACUCUAGGCGCUCCAUCUUCAAUGUGGCCAAAAACACAGACAGUAUGGAAACAAGCCAUGCUGCGAGAGUAAAGCAGAACUACCAGGCCAUUGAGUGUACAUACAGCACACCGCAUAAAGGAUGUGAAGACAGAAACCAUCAGAGGUGCAGCCAAGAUUAUUCUGACCAGGAGUGUGAAUACCUCGACCACGGGAGAUGUGAAGGCCAACCAGUGUACAUAACCGAGAUCCACCAACCCCAGCACUCGAUGCACAUGGCAGAAAGAGUGGAGUGCUGCAGAAUCCCUUGCUCCCAAAUGUAUUCCAACGUACCAAGGCCCAAACCUCAAGACUCCUCCAGGAGUGCAAAGGUCUCCUUCAUAUUUGGAGAUCCACCCUUAGACAGUAUAAACCCCCAAAAUCUGGGCUACCAAAGACUGAUGGAUGAAGGCCCAGAGAUUCUAGACAAUCACAGCCACAUGUAUAGGCGUCUGGAGGAGGACUUUAAGAUGAUGGAUGCCAUAGAAGACGGGGACGGUUAUCAGUACUCCACCAAAAUCUUUGGUCCUACCGAAUGCAUCGAGGAGCCGCUGCUGCACGAUAUCUGCUACGCCGAGACAACAGAUGACGCAGAGGAUGAGGAUGACAUCAGCUGUGAGGAGGACAUGGUGAUGAGUGACAUUGACAAGCCUAUGUUUCUCUCGCUCUCAGGGUCCAGCGAUGACAUCAUUGACUUGACCUCCCUCCCUCCCCCACCGGAGGGUAAUGACGAGGAGGACAAUGACGUACUGCUGCACUCUCUUAACCUGGCCAUCGCUGCUCCUCCUCCCGGCUUCAGGGACAGCUCCGACGAGGAGGAGCAGCAGGGGGCCGGGACUCGGGCCCAGGGGGCCUGCAAUGAUAUCCCAGUGUCUCUCAUAGAUUCAGUGCCCACACACAGAGCAGAGGGCCACGGGGAGCCUCUAAACGAUGCAGUGGUGUCCACCUUACAGGCACUCGAGGCCCUCGCUGCAUCUGAGGAACAGAGUCCAGCACAGUCCGAGAGUAGCACAGGUGUAGAAAUAUCACGAGCAUUUAGUCCAGAGUCCUCAGAUUCUGGCAACGAGACAAAUUCCUCUGAGAUGACUGAGAGUUCCGAGCUGGCCACUGCUCAGAGACACUCAGAGAACCACCUGAGGAUGCAUGUAGCCAUGGCAGAAGGCUACCACGCCGUGAAUGAGGAAAAGACAGAGGUCACUGCGCCUAGCGACGGUGGCGCAGCAGCUAUGCAGUACAAUCCCCAGGAGCGUCAAGAGGAGGAGGCGAAAUCAUCUGCCGUCACCUCAUCCCAGAUUUUUCACUCAGAUGGUGGUGAGAUGGAGCCAGAGACAAUGGAAAUAAAAUCCGUCAGUGAAUACUUCACUAAGAUGCACAUGGGCUCAGUAAUGAGCAGGCAGAGAGGAAAGCAGAGGGAGGCAGAGAGCAGAAUCCAAGCAGAUACCUGUGAAUCCUCUGAUAGAUCUCACGUUACUCAAGACUCAGCUAAAGAGGAGCCCCCUCAUCUCGUUGGGAAGUAUAAUGCUUUCACUGUGAGAGAUUCCUAUUAUAUGAAUCAACUUGAUCUGGGGCGAACUCACUUUAAAGACAGACAUCAAAUAUGGCAGCAGAGAGUGCCUGGAAACAAAAUGGCAGAAAAUCUCUCUCCAGAAUGUGGGAAUGACUCACUGGCUUCCCACGCAAACAGGUUGACAGUAAAGGGAGAAAAACAGGACUCAGAUGAAAGAAGCCAACACUUAAAUGCCCAUCUCAGCUCCCCGGCGAAAGGGCCCGUCCCUACAGAGGGAGAUUCCACUUCACAGGAUAAUGAGCAGCAGCAAAUGAAGAUUGCGCCGUCCGAGCAAGACGUCACGAGGUUGUACGAAUACCAUGUGAGCAAGCGCAUGUCGUCGAUACAGAGUGAAGGCGUUCACUCUCUCCAAAGCUCACAGUGUUCUUCUAUAGAUGCCGGUUGUAGCACAGGCAGCAGCAGCUGUGUCACUCCCAUGGAUUCUCCCCUUUGUGCCACAGACAAUAUGCAUGUACUGUCAGAGUCCUCACUCAAGGGGCUGAGUUAUGUAACUGCUGAGGAGAGAGCUUACGGACCCCCAGGUCAGGGGAAGGUUGGCCAUCCCAUGGACCCCACCCUGCUGAGGAAGAUCCAUGCAGCAACCAGUGCUGAGCCUGGGUUUGGGAUUACACGGGACGGUAGUCACAGAAUGCCCAAGAUAAAAGAAACCACAGCUUGCACACAGCGGAAGAAGGUUGGGGAAGAGUCAUCUUUAGCUCUCUGUAAUGAGACCAGUACCACCACCACAACCAUGUCACCAUCAUCAUUAAGAAGUAGCACAGAGCCCAGUGGGCUAACACAGGCCAGCCCCGAGUCCGACCCACACGCCCUGGCUUUCUCCUCAAGCAGAUCUUCAUGCGACCCAACAACAGGCAGCCUCAGGAAGCCACGCAGGGUUCGGAUGCUCAGGAGGAGCUGGAGCACCAUAAUGCCAGGUUCCAGGAGCUUAGAAGCACUGUUAGAUAAGACCAAAGCCACACUUACAGGGAAGAGUCGUGGUCAGAAUUUCCAGUCUCAAGAUCCCCCAAAAGUUCAGAGGAUAUUCUCUCCCAAAACCUUGCCCAAGAGCUUUUCCCAGGGUUCAGUUGCGUCUAACUCAUCUGGUAGAAGGCUGCUAACAGGAGCCUCCCUCUUGCUGCCAGAGUCAACAGCACCAAGGCUGGAUGCAGGUACAUGGAGGUGCCGUGGACCAUUCAGUCACUGCUUCCUGCGGAGAAAGACAAAUGCUGAUGGUGAUGAUAAAGACAGAGAGAUGCCCUCACGUGCUCUGUUCUCUGUCAGCUCGGUUUCUUUCAGUCGCAAAGACAACGCAAUCAUGAAAGCUGACUAUGAAGCCGGGCGGAGUAACAUGGCCACGGCUAUGAAUGACAUGAGCCUCAAAGCAAGGCUAGCUCGUGUAAAUUCCAUGAAGGGAAAAACCUACAGCCUUCACACAGGGUUCGCACUUGCACGGAAGGAUGCCUUAGAGAUGGUCGGCGUGUUGCGUUCCAGCGUCGGCUGCUUGUGCAGAAGCGGGAAGCCUGAGGUCAACAAGGAUGACCUGGAUUCAUUCUCCCAGCUGCUUUUCAUGCAGGCCAAAGUGCUGAGCGGCGCCUGCAGUCAGAUGGCUGUGGAGUACAGCAGCCCAGAGGAGUUACUGCUCACUCUGACACACAGCUUUCACACACUCUGCUGCCUGACGCAAGCCUGCAUGUCACUUGUGGAAGGCCUGAGCACCGAGAGCGAGCGGCGCAAGGUGGUAGCCAAGGUGGACGAGGUUGUCAUGAACUACGUGUGUCUGCUGAAAGCUGCUGAGUUGGCUUCGGGAAGCUCCCCCAGUGACCAAAGUGUGAAUGCAUUGACACAUCACUCUGCCACCAUGUCUGCUAUUAUAAACACACUAACUCACUCACUGACAACACUGCUCAACAAAUAAACUGUUGUUAUUUUGUCCUGAUUAUUGAUUUAAAGCCAUACAUAAGAGACAUAGGUUUUACGACCAAUGUGAACUGCUGUGAAAGAAAAAAUACUUGCCUUGUGUAUACAAUAUUUUAUUAUGUAAAGUAAAAGUAAAAUUAUAUGAAACAUUACAGUUUUAAAUAGAAUAUAUAAAGAAGCAUAUGACCCUCCUCUCAAGUAUAUUAUCUAAUAUUACAUAAUAGGGAUUCUUUUAAUGAUUUAUUGGUUAUAUUAGGGGCAUAACAUGUAGAUUAUUACAACCUUAUUAGUACCUUGUUUAUAAAUUGUAAAACUAUAUAUUAUGUUGGAUAAAUGCAUUGCAUACACUAUAUACAGCUCUAGACAAGUCAUUGCACAGGAUAAGACAUGAUCAAAUAAAAGUAACGCAUAUGACUUUUUCAUCUGCUGGAUUCACGUUAAUUUAAAGAAUACUUCACACAUGAACACUGAGUACUUUCCUGUUAUUUUUUGUCAUCAUUAAAAAGAUUAAAACUUUUAAAAA